AUGGAUAGAGGAAAAGUCAUGGGUAGAGUCGACAGCUUGUUAGAUGAAGGCAAAGAACGCGGCAAUUACAGUGCUCGUGUCAACUGUCAACCACACCAUCGAUCUUUAUAUCCUCAUCACUGCCCACUUGUCUCUCCCUCUUUUCUCUGCUUCUCUCUCUCUUUCUCAUUACCCUCUCUUCUGUUUCUCAUUACCCCGCCCAUUCUCUAUUUUACACUUCACAUUCAAUACAUACAUACAUACGUAACAUAUAUAAAAACGCCAUGACUGGAAGAGAAAUCCUUAACAAGAUGAAGGAAAAAGUGGGAUUAGGUCCAUCGGAUUGUGAGUCUGGGAAAGGGAAGAGCAAACUGCAAAAGCAUGUAACACAUGGCUUUCACUUGGUGAAAGGAAAAGCACAGCAUCCCAUGGAAGAUUAUGUUGUUGCCCGGUUUAAGCAUGUUGAUGACAAUGAACUAGGAUUAUUUGCAAUAUUUGAUGGCCAUUUGAGCUCUGAGAUCCCUGGUUACUUGAGAACACAUCUCUUUGAAAAUAUUCUGAAAGAGCCUGAUUUCUGGACAGAACCAGUGAAAGCAGUAAGGAGAGCAUACCGCAUAACAGAUGAUACCAUUCUGAACAAGGCAGUUGAUUUGGGCAAAGGGGGGUCAACUGCAGUUACAGCCAUAUUGAUAAAUUGCCACAAGCUGGUUGUGGCUAACGUUGGCGAUUCUCGAGCAGUCAUAUGCAAGAAUGGGAAGGCCAAACAAUUAUCCAUAGACCAUGAACCAAGUGUUGAGAGAGAGCACAUCGAGAAUAGAGGUGGUUUCGUGUCCAACUUUCCAGGGGAUGUUCCACGUGUUGAUGGUCAGUUGGCUGUGGCGAGGGCAUUCGGUGACAAGAGUUUGAAGAAGCAUCUGAGUUCUGAACCUGACGUGACAGUGGAGCUCAUUGAUGAUGAGACAGAGUUUCUUAUUCUGGCUAGCGAUGGGUUAUGGAAGGUAAUGACAAACCAAGAAGCAGUAGAUUCCAUCAAACAUAUAAAGGAUGCUCGCUCCGCAGCAAAGCACCUUACAGAGGAGGCUCUUCACAGGAAGAGCACUGACGACAUUUCCAUUGUAAUUGUCCGCUUUUAGUCGUUAUAUAUAUGUGUGUAUAUAUAUAGCUCUUCCUCUCUCUCUCUCUCUCUCUCUCUCUCUCUCUCUCUCUCUCUCUCUCGUUUUCGGAUUAAAACAGCCACAGUAAUGUGUUGCAUAUUUUGAUGAUAUGUGUCAACUAUUUCGUGCAUGCAAGACAUGAAAUGAUAUCACAUGCUUUACUUAAUGGCUAAUUAAUUUUCAUUUGAAAAA